GGGGUUUUAGAUUCUGACAUGCCUCCCUAUCUUUUUCUUUUCAUCAAAUAUAAAACAACUAGAAUUCUAAAUAUAAACCAGAAGAAAGAAGAGUAAUCAAUCCUCUCUCUCCAACACCCAUGCCAAUCCCACACAAAUAUUGCUCCCUGCUCUGAUCAAUGACAUUUGGAGAUGUGUUCAUCAACAAUGGCUGCCACGCGAAACUAUCAUCAACCGACUUCGAAGACUUGUGCAGAUGGAAUCUAGAAUCUGCCACGUUGCCUAGGGCCUGAAAAAAGUGUUUGAGGAGAGAGUUUCAUGGGUUGAACUCAAAGAAUAAUGGAUAGCUUAAAAGAAGGUGAAGAAUGUUCCUUUUUUGAUGCACAUGAGCACAUUGCAACAAUGCCUGGUUUAAACUGUAAUGACAUAGAGAUACAUCACUCAGAUUCCAGUUUUCAUAAUUGGUCGGAGAGUAGCUUCCAAUAUGAUGUAUGGAUUCGUAGCCCACGGAGUGUUGAGGAACGGCGUCGGAAAUUCUUGGAUUCGAUGGGAUUGAGUCGUAAAUUCUUGGAUUCGAUGGGAUUGAGUUUAGAUGGAGUUUCUCGAGAGAAUUCAGUAGAUAGACCGUGUUUGGAAGGAGAAUUUGUUAGGGUUAUGGAAACCAGUGAAGCUGUUUUGAGAACAUUUGGCUUUGAAGAGUUCUCUUCUAGUCGGUCUUCCAUGUCUUGUUGGUCUAAUGAGAAUUUUGAAUCAUAUGAGGAGUUGGGUUCGCGAGAUGAUUUUGCGUACAGAGAAGGAAAUAAGGGUGAGGGUGCUUCAUGCAAUGUCGACGAAAAGGCGAGUGAAGGUUUUGAAAUGAAUGAAUUACAAUUGGUUACAGACAAGAAAUUGAAGAGCCCUCUCGUGGCAUCACCCUCAUUUCUGCAAUUUAGGGAGAAGCAAAAUAAAUUAGAGAGAAUAGCAAAGAGAGUUAAGAACAGGUGGUUGAGUAGAUUGCGUUCAAUGUCAUGUAUGGUGGAUACACAAGUUGAAGAUGAUAGGUUGAGACCCGAUGUAGACGAUUCGAUUUUGAAGACUAAGGUUCAGAGAGUGAAGGUCCACCAAACCAGAAAGAAAACAAAGGAACUUUCUGCACUCUAUAAGGGACAAGAUAUCCAGGCCCAUGAAGGUCCAAUUUUGACUAUGAAGUUCAGUCCUGAUGGGCAGUACCUAGCAAGUGCUGGUGAAGAUGGUGUUGUGAGAGUGUGGCAAGUGGUUGAAGAUCAGAGAUGCAAUGACCUUGACAUUCCUGAAAUAGAUCCUUCCUGCAUAUACUUCAUGGUGAAUCACCAUUCUGAAUUGAAACCCCACUUUGUAGAUAAGGAAAAAGCAGGUAAUUUAAGGAGCUUGAGAAAAACUUCUGAUUCAGCAUGUGUUAUCUUCCCUCCCAAAGUUUUCCGGAUAUUGGAGAAACCAUUACACGAGUUCCACGGGCAUGAUGGUGAUAUCCUGGAUCUCUCAUGGUCAAAGAAAAAUUUUCUGCUGUCUUCCUCUGUUGAUAAAACUGUUCGAAUGUGGCAAGUUGGUUGUGACCAUUGCCUAAGAGUGUUUUCUCAUAGUAAUUAUGUAACAUGUGUUCAGUUUAACCCUGUCGAUGAUAAUUACUUCAUUAGCGGUUCAAUAGAUGGAAAAGUGCGUAUUUGGGCAAUUUCUAGCUGUCAGGUUGUUGAUUGGAGUGAUGUAAGAGAUAUAGUAACUGCAGUGUGUUAUCGUCCAGAUGGACAGGGAGGAGUUGUUGGCUCAAUGACAGGUAGCUGCCGGUUCUACAAUGCGACAGAUAGUCAUUUGCAACUAGAUGCGCAUAUAUACUUAAAUGGGAAAAAGAGGUCACCUUGCAAAAGGAUAACUGGCUUGCAGUUUUUGCCACAAGAUUCAAGUAAAGUAAUGGUUACUUGUGCUGAUUCUCAAGUCAGAAUUCUUCAAGGACUCAAUGUGAUCUGCAAAUACAAGGGAGCAUGUAACAAUGUAAACCAGGCGUUCACAUCAUUAACUCCUGAUGGGAAGCAUAUUGUUUCAGCCUGUGAGGAUGCAAAUGUAUAUAUAUGGAAUUGUGUUGAUCAGGAUGAAUGUACUCACUCAAAUGCUAAAGAUAUAAGAUCUUUUGAGCGUUUCUUUGCUAAUGCAUCCAUUGCAAUCCCAUGGUGUGGUAUGAAAUGUGGUAAUGCUGAAAAUGGAAGGCAAUUUGAAGUACUGAAUGAGAAUUUAUCUGAUAACCUUCCAUUGUCCUCACCUUCACAUUUCUCUUUGAGCCAUGAAUACUUUUUGGAGUCCUUUCCCAAAGAAUCUGCGACUUGGCCAGAGGAAAGACUUCCUCCAUCCAGCCCUUUAACUGUGUCAUCUUCCAUGCAUAAAUCCCAAUACAAGUUUCUAAAAACUUCUUGCCAGAGUACAUUUGAAUCUCAUGCAUGGGGUCUUGUUAUAGUAACAGCAGGUAUGGAUGGAAGAAUUAGAUCAUUCCUCAAUUAUGGCUUACCAGUACCAGUGUGAAAAUACUAGUGGCUCAGUAUAGGCAUCAGAGAGAAAUGUUGCCCACAUUGGGGCUGAUAAACUUUGUUAAGCUUGGAUAGGUUUGACAAGUUAUCUCGAGAUCUGAAAGCAUCAAAUUGUCAUGGCUUGCUCACGACUACAUGCUUGAUUGGCAUGCACAGUUCAAAUUGACUGUAAAGAACCAGAGGUUUUCUGUUGGUGGUCUGCAAUUGAAUUUGUUCACACCAAGUGGCUAUUGUUCUAUGGUUGCAAUAAGAUCUUUUUUGGAAUGAGUGACUAAGGUUGGUUUAUCUGAAUAUCCAAGAUUAUUUUAUGUUUGGUUGAUUUGUUACUCGAAAUAUUUUUCUGCCUGCCCCGAAAAGGAUUACACAAGUCGGGUUAAGAGAAGACAUUUGAGAUCUUAUCAUCUAUAAUGGAGGUGAGGUGCCUGUGGUCUGUGGGUCCUUGCAAACCAUCAUCUUCCUUUUGUUCACACAAAUAGAAGUAGAAAUACAGAGUUGGUGGUUGCAGUUCAUAAAAGAUGGUGGGGAACUUGACCAUUACCGUUUGUUGGUCAGUUUGAAUGAUUGCAUUAUUUGUCUGCCAUUAUGGGUUUGGCCUCAUGGUAGGGUCACUCAAACUCGGUCAUGGAGGUAGAGCUUACUAGGAAUUAUUUUUCUUGGAAAUGAACUUCCCUGCUCAAUCUAGUGCUAUAAUGCAUGCAAUUUUUGUUGCCUUGCAGAGCACAUUUCCAGGCCAUUCUUUCCAUGGCCUAUCUGUUAGCGUUCGAGAGAUCAAUUGGCUAAUACUAUUCUUGCUCCGGUCUUAAAAAAAUCCUUACAUUUUCUGCUAACACAAUUCAUACUGUAGAUAAAUUUAGUGUUAAUUAUCGGGUUGAUUUUUCACCCAAGUAAAUUGAGUGUAUAUAUAAACAUACACGUAGUGUAGCAUUCAUUGGAAAAAGAACCAAGAAGCUUACUAGCGUUUUGUUUGUUAGAAUAUGGUGCUUUUAGUGUAGUUAUUUUGUUGUUAAUGUUUGUAAUUUUUCGAACAUAUUGGAAAAUAAAGUUUCAAUGUUCAAAUUA